ACACAGUUUGCUGUACUACCAUAUAGUUAUGCUAAGGAAUUCCUGACCAGAAUACUGGACAAUAAUAUUCUAUGCCUAUAUAAUGCUUCACAUUUUUGUGGACAUGUAGCCGAUUCUCGGAAAGAGACUUAG